AUGGACAUCGUGGCCAUGGCGGGCGAUUUGACGCUCCUGCGUUGGCUGCACAAGGCCGGCACCAUCUGCACCACCGACGCGAUGGACGGUGCAGCCAUGAACGGGCACUUGAACGUCGUCGUCUUUCUACAUGAAGCGAGAUCCGAAGGCAUCGCUGGCAGCGAUGGUCAUGCUGACAUUGGUCGCUUUCGUCUCCCGCAUCAAUCGGAAGGG